CUUUUUAGUGUUACUGAGUGUUGUCUUCUUUGUGUGAUGGCAUAUGACCGCUAUGUUGCCAUUUGCAAACCCUUGCAAUAUCCUUGUAUCAUGAACUUCAGGAAAUGUGCUAAGCUCGCUGCCACCUCCUGGGUCUUUGGGAUUUUGGUGGGUUUGGGGCAAUUUAUUUCAAUAUUUACCCUUCCGUUUUGUGGGUUGAAUAGAAUUCACCAUUUCUUCUGUGAUAUUUUGCCUGUUCUGAGACUGGCCUCCACCAAUACAUACAAAAAUGAAGUGGCCACUGUCACCAUAACCGUGGUAUUUGCCAUGGUACCUCUUUUGCUCAUCCUCUUUUCCUACAUCCUCAUCAUCUCCACUAUUCUCAUGAUGCCAGUGGCCAAGAACAGGUGUAAAACAUUUUCCACCUGCUCCUCGCAUCUCAUUGUUGUCUUCCUUUACUACGGGUCCAUCACUGCUACCUACAUUUGUCCCAACUCAGAGUAUUCUGUGGACAAUAACAGGAUUCUUUCUCUGCUUUACACAGUAGUGACCCCAAGUUUGAACCCCGUCAUUUACAGCUUGAGGAAUAAAGAGAUAAAAGCUGCUUUCAAGAAGUCAAUAGCAAGGAUAUGGAUCUUCUUUUAG